GUUAAACCAAGUUAUAAAAAGCCUAAAAGGUUGAGAGAAACCAUUUACCAACGAUUAUCUUCUAGUUCAUGGUUUUCACCUUCUCUCGUUAUCUUACUCAGCUUCUUCCACGAAAAUACUUAUAAAUAAAUUAUAUACGAAAAAUCACAAUGGGAGAUACCGUAGGCGACCAAGCUAUGGUGGAAGCUCCCGGAGCCCCGAGCUUCUCGGAGCUUCUUAUGUUGUCGGACGGGUUUCUCAGCUCCUCUGAAGGCCACCACCGCGAAGCUAACGGCGGCGAUGGUGGAGAAGACAGCUUCAGUUUUGUAUUCUCCGGUACAAAUGGGUCAAAAAUGCUCUGUUUCAGCGGAGACUGUCAAAACGGCGACGAAUCGCUCUUCCAAGAACCUUCUCUUCCUUCCGGAGUAUCCCUUUCUGACCCUUCUUCAUGCACUGUUGACAUUUGCAAGAAGUCGAGUGACACUUGUACUGAGGAAAAAUCAACUAAACCAACAAACAAGAGAACCGGGUCGGGUAAUGGGCAAAACAUGGAUCAUAACCGAAAACCAAGCAAAAAGUGCCAGAAAAAUCAGGAUAAAUCAUCAGUUGGAAUUGCAAAGGUAAGGAAAGAAAGGUUAGGGGAAAGAAUUGCAGCGUUGCAGCAAUUGGUUUCUCCAUACGGAAAGACAGAUGCAGCUUCUGUGCUGCAUGAAGCGAUGGGUUACAUCAAGUUCUUACAAGACCAGAUCCAAGUCCUCUGCUCUCCUUACCUGAUCAACUAUUCUCUUGACGGUGGAGCUGUUACCGGAGAUAUUACACCGGGGAAGAAAGCGAGAGACUUGAGGAGCAGAGGAUUAUGCCUAGUACCUGUCUCGUCCACUGUAAACGUUGAAAACUCUAAUGGUGCUGAUUUGUGGUCACCUGCUACUGCUAGUAUGGGUCACACUAUGUCACCCUCUCAGUGAAUCAAGGGAUAUUAGAUUACUUUCCUAUGUCACCCUACUCUCAGUGGGUCACACACUAUUCUUGAGUUUUUUUUGCUCAAGAACUACUAUUUACGAAAUUCGUCCAGUUCUUUUUGUA